AUGCUGCGUGAACGUAUCACACGAAACAAGGAAUUGUUACGUGAUUAUGAAAUAGAUUUAGGCAAAUUAUGUCAAGCAGGGAUUUUGUUACGUGAAAAAGAUAUUUUAUUACAAGAUCUUGAAACGGAUGAACAAACAAAAAAUGGUGAAGCGUUAUAUCUUCAAAAUACUCUUAAAGAAACUCAAGAUAAUUUAAAUCCAGAAAAACGUCUUAAUUCAUCAAUAAAACGGGCGAGCAAGUUUUUAUUCUAG